AGCCGGUGCCCCCGGUCCGCAUGCAGGUAGCCACGGGGCUACGCGACGCGCUAUGACUGCAGCCGGGGCUGCGGCGCCAGGUCAGAAUUCAUGACAGACACAACGGCAGAAAGCCUUCCCCAGAAUCUUUUUACCUCUUUUCUUUCAACAAGAACAGGAGAAGCAGCUCCCAACGGCAUCAGGCAUGACAGAGCUUUACUUAGGAGAAAACUCUAAGCCUCCAAUUAUUCAGGACAAGGAACUCAGGCACUUAAUCCUCCAGAAUGAAGAGCUGUACAGUCUCGGUCAAAGAAGAGUCCCGAUGUUCAUCCUGCUCAAAGAAGAAAGACCAUAGAAAAUUCCAUACCGUCCAUUGCACUGGAUACUUGAGACGCUAGUCUCCGAAUGUUAUCGACAUGGAGAAAGAGACAGACAGAGGGAGCAGCGGUCCUCUUACCUGCCUUGUGGCUAUGGGACGGUUGCAUCCAUACGUCGUCCCUCAGCAGAGUGGCAAGAUCAACGUGAGACCGGCUGAGUUCAUAACCCGCUUCGCAGUGAACGGGAAAUUCGUCUACGGCGACCAGAGGGCAACGGCAAUUUUAGGAUACCUGCCUCAGGAACUUUUGGGAACUUUGUGUUAUGAGUAUUUUCAUCAGAAUGACCACAGUAAUCUGACUAACAAGCACAAAGCAGGUAGCUUUUCCUGUGAAAUUCUGCAGAGUAAGGAAAAAAUAGACUCGAACAGAUUCAGAGUAAAGGAUGGCUCCUUUGUAACUCUGAAGAGCAAGUGGUUCAGCUUCACCAACCCUUGGACCAAAGAGCUGGAGUACAUCAUGUCUGUCAACACUCUGGUUCUGGGGCACAACGAGACCAGGUUAUCCUUGCUUCAGGGCGGCAGCAGCCAGUCCUCAGAAGACUCAUUUAGACAAUCCUGCAGCAGUGUGCCGGGCAUAUCCACAGGGACCGUCCUUGGUGCUGGGAGUAUUGGAACAGAUCUUGCAAAUGAGGUUCUGAAUUUACAGAGGUUACACUCUUCAUCCCCAGAAGAUGGAAACCCUUCAGAAGUGAGAGCUAAUCACAGUAUAAACUGUGGGAACACCCAUGUGCUGGAGUCCGCUAGGGAGCUCUUUGCAGUGAGUCCUUCCGAAACAGAAGGCCUGGGGGUUGCCAGGCAACAACAGAGCACUGAAUCCGCCCAUUCUCACGGACCACUACUUGGUGACGGUGCCCAGCUGGGGUUUGAUGCCCUGUGUGACAGCGACAGCACAGCCAUGGCUGCGUUCAUGAAUUACUUCGAAGCAGAGGGGGGCCUGGGCGAUCCCUGGGACUUGAGUGAUAUCCAGUGGACACUCUAG